AGGGAAAUCCAUUCAUUCAUUUAUAGGAUGUUGGGAUUUUAAGUUCCAUAGCUUCAUGAGAUGAGAAGGCCUGACUACAGUACACCUCCUAUGCAUGGAAUGAUGAAAAGGUCCAUGCCUAGACCUCAAUCUCAUACCCUGCUCGCCUUUUGCUUCUGGUGCAUACAUCUCUUGUGUUUGGUGGAGAGAUGCAAAGCUCAAGCUAUAAGUAAUGCUACGACAGACCCAUCUGAAGCCGCUAUUCUAAAUUCCAUCUUUCAGCAAUGGAACAUUUUCGCAUCAUCUGAUUGGAAUAUAAGUGGGGAACUGUGUAGCGGGUCUGCUCUCACGGGAAUGGGCGGAUUGUACCUUGGGAUCGAAUGCCAAUGCAACAAUGGAUCCAUCUGUCGCAUAACGAAACUGAAAGUCGAUAGUCAGAUUUCAAGAGGUCACAUUAUUCCGGAAGCCAUUGGGAAACUGACUCAUCUCACAGUUCUGAAUUUGCGUGGAAACUAUUUAACAGGUCCCUUGCCUUCGUCUAUCGGCAACUUAAGGGCCAUGCAGGACUUGAAUCUUAAUACCAAUUUGUUGUCUGGAAGCAUCCCAAAGGAACUUGGAAAUCUUAGAAAUCUAACUUCCUUGAGCUUGGGCACCAAUAGUUUCAAUGGGUCACUCCCUCCAGAGAUGGGGAAUUUGGUAAACUUGCAAGGACUUUUCUUGGACAGUAUCGGUGUGAGUGGUCCUAUUCCUUCAACAUUUGCCAAUCUAGUAAACUUGGAGACACUGUGGGUCUUUGAUAAUGAGCACACGGGCACCAUACCUGACUUCAUAGGGAAUUGGAGCAAGCUAAAAUUUUUGUAUUUGCAUGGGAAUGCUUUUCAAGGUCCAAUACCUUCCAGUCUUUCCAGUUUAGCAUCCCUAACUGAUUUGCGAAUUGGUGAAAUAAUGAGCGGAACCUCAUCUUUGGCAUUUAUCAAGGGCAUGAGGAGCUUAAACACUUUAAUCUUGAGAAACAGUAAGAUAUCAGACACAAUUCCAUUCAACAUUGGAGAGUACCGAUCGUUACAAUAUCUGGAUUUGAGCUUUAACAAUUUAACUGGUGAAAUUCCAAGUUCACUGUUCAAUAUGAGCACGCUUUUAAACUUGUUUCUUGGAAACAAUAACCUAUCUGGUAGCCUUCCUUCUAGGAAAAGCUCAUCCCUCAAGACCAUAGAUUUAUCAUACAAUCAAUUAUCAGGAAGCUUUCCCUCUUGGAUUACACAAGGCUUGCAACUGAACCUGGUUGCUAACAACUUCGACGUUAAUAGUUUUAAUAACAGAUUCAGUACUUCUUUGCCUUCGGGAUUGAAUUGUCUUCAACGGGACUUUUCAUGCUAUCAAGAUUCUCUAACCGAUUCUGCAUUUGCAAUAAAUUGUGGCGGUCCAGAGAUAACAUCGGAAGAUGGAAUGGUGUAUGAUGGUGAUGUCGAUGCUCUAGGUCCAGCAACAUAUUAUCUAGACAACGUGAGAAGGGUGGCCGUCAGUAAUGUUAUGGUGCAUCGUAACAACGAAAAUGACUUGAAGAUUCCAAACUAUCAGUCUCAGAUUACGAAUACUUCAGACCCAGAGCUGUUUCGGACAACAAGGAUAUCACAAGGAUCGCUGAGAUACUACAAGCUUGGGCUUGUGAACGGAGAAUAUAAAGUGACUCUACAAUUCGCUGAGAUACAAAUGAUAGAUUCAAAUACUCAGAGUGGCUUUGGAAGGCGUGUAUUGGAUAUUUCUGCAGAUUCAAAUACUCAGAAGGCCUUAGGAAGGCGUGUAUUCGACAUUUUUUCCCAGGGUAAUCUCCAAUUUAAAGAUUUUGAUAUAAGAAAGACGGCAGGUGGAGUCUCUAAUAGAGCAGUUUUGAAGAGUUUCAAGGUUAAUGUAUCUAAGAAUUUCCUUGACAUCCAUCUCUUUUGGGCUGGAAAAGGGACUUGUUGCAUACCUGCUGAGGGUACUUAUGGGCCAUCCAUUGCAGCCAUUAACAUCACUCCACAAUUCCCACCGAAGCAAGCAAGUAAGAAGAACAAGACUCUUUUGAUUGUUGGGAUUGUAAUUGGUGCUGGUGCUUUGAGUUUUAUAUCCAUUUUUGCAAUAUUUAUUUGGAGACGAAGGAGCAGGCACAUUGAUGAAGAUAAAGAGCUUCUAGAAAUGGGUACCAAACCAAACACUUUUAGUUAUUCCGAACUGAGGACUGCGACCGGAGAUUUCAGUCUGGAAAAUAAGUUGGGAAUGGGAGGAUUUGGAGCUGUUUAUAAGGGCACACUUUCAGAUGGAAGGAUAGUAGCUGCGAAGCAACUCUCAGUGGCAUCUCAUCAUGGAAAUCGUCAGUUUGUAACAGAGAUUGUUACCAUAUCAGCAGUGCAGCACCGGAACCUUGUGAAGUUGUAUGGAUGCUGCAUUGAUGGGGAUAAGCGCCUUUUGGUUUAUGAGUAUCUUGAAAACAGGAGUCUUGAUCAUGCACUCUUCGGAGACAGUAAGUUGCAUCUAAAUUGGCCCACCCGCUACAGAAUAUGCAUGGGUACGGCACGGGGCCUCACUUAUCUCCACGAGGAGUCAAGGCUCCGAAUAGUACAUAGAGAUGUCAAGGCCAGUAAUAUUUUGCUUGAUGCUGAUCUCAAUCCUAAGAUUUCAGAUUUUGGUUUGGCCAAACUAUAUGAUGAUAAGAAGACACACAUCAGCACACGGGUUGCAGGGACAAUUGGGUAUCUUGCACCGGAGUAUGCCUUGCGUGGGCAUCUGACAGAAAAGGCUGACGUGUUUGGAUUUGGAGUCGUCGCACUUGAGAUUCUUAGUGGAAGGCCAAAUACAGAUACAAGCUUGGAUCAAGAUAAGAUAUAUCUCCUCGAAUGGGCUUGGACUCUACACGAAGCUAACCGUCCAUUGGAACUGAUCGAUCCGACACUGUCCGAAUUUGACAACGGAGAAGCGCUAAGAAUGAUCGGAGUAGCUCUUUUGUGCACUCAAACAUCUCCAGUCCUACGCCCGCCCAUGUCGCGUGUGGUGGCCAUGCUAUCAGGUGACGUCAAAGUAAGCAGUGUCACAUCACGGCCCAGCUAUUUAACUUUGUGGCAAUUCAAUGACUUAACCAACUCCCUGAGCGACUAUAUGUCAAGAGGGUCUAUGGGAAUAACAAUGGAAGGCCAAUGUGACAUGUUGAACAAUUCGAGCUGGUCUACUCCUGCGGAACGCUUGCCUCUGCCCACUCAGCCAUUUUUGCAAGAGAUCAUUGGAGAAAGAGAGGGCUGAUGGACUUUUCUAAGCUGUGCAUGCAUUUCUUCAAGUUAUCUUCUCAUUGCUAUGAAUCUUUGUUCAUAUCUUUUAUUUGGAUGUUGAAUGAAUCUUAUUAGGCAGUAUGUAUAUGUGUCAUAGUUCGAAAUGCUGAAAACUUGACUUGACCCGAUGUCCUGCUGGGUCGGGAUGACUUUAAGACUCAGUUGAAUCUUAAAUUAAGAUAGUAUUAAAUGUUUUUUCAUUAUUAAAUAAUACAAGUAUCCAAAGAAAAUUGCAAGUGCA